AUGAGUCACUCUCUAACUGCAAUUGUGACUGGCGCGGCCGGAGGAAUCGGUCAAUCCAUAGCACGCCGCCUAGUCAAAAAAGGCUAUCGCAUCGCCAUCAACGACAUCCCCAUCGCUACUCCAAAGCUCGAAGAAUUCGCCCACGAACUCAAUACCAACACUGUCGAGAACCCCGGAGCAAAAGCAAUAACCAUCCCCGGAGACGUGACCUCAAAAACAGAGGUAGCAACCAUGAUAUCCAAAACCGUCUCGACUCUCGGCCCCCUACACCUCAUGAUCGCCAAUGCCGGGAAAGCGCCCGUGAAGCCUUUACUAUCCGUAACCGAUGAAGACAUUGCAGACGUAUUCUCCUGUAACUUCACAGGCGUCUUCAACUGCUACACCGAGGCAGCCCGACAAAUGAUAGACCAGGGUGACCCGAACACAGUAUUUGGACGACAGACGUACAAGAUCGUCGGCGCCUCUUCUAUCGCUGGAAUCCAAGCGUUCGCGGCAUUGGGUCUGUACUCUGCCUCCAAGUUUGCAGUUCGUGGACUUACACAGACUUUGGCUAAGGAAUUGGCUUCUCAUCAUAUUACUGUGAAUGCGUACGCCCCGGGGAUUAUUGGCACAUCGAUGUGGACGGAACUGGAUAAGGCGCUGGGGAAAUUGGAAGGGCGGGCUCCUGGGGAGAGUCUCAAGCAAUAUAGUAAGGGUAUUGCGCUGGGAAGAACAGGUGUGCCUGAUGAUGUGGGGGGAUUGGUAGGUGGGUUUUUGGCGAGUGAGGAUUCGGAUUAUUUGACGGGGCAGACGAUUGUGGUUGAUGGGGGGGUUGUGUUGACUUGA